GGCUGCCUGUCGGUAGGAGUGGAGGGUCAUGUAUGAUUGAAAUAGCAGUAGAUAAUGGAACAGUGAAACGUCAGGAGGAAUCCUUGUUCCAGCCUGUGUCAGAGGUAGCGUUGGGGCCUAUAUUCCUGGGGGACGUCCCCUCCCAUAGGGAUCAGCCUGCCAGCACCAGGGAGGUGACAGGUUUUAUAGGCUGUAUCAGGGAGCUGCAGGUCAACAAUAAGGACAUCUACAUAGCAGGAGAGGCACUGGGAGGGAGGAACAUCCACAACUGUGACACACCUGUCUGUCAGCACCUGCCCUGCCGCAAUGGAGGCACCUGUGUCAGUGAUGCAGAGGACUGGUUCUGUGAGUGCCCUCCUCUCUACUCUGGUCGGCUCUGCCAGUUCACAGCCUGUGAGUGGAGCCCCUGUGGUCACGGAGCCACCUGUAUCCCCAAGUCCCACCAGGAAGCUGUGUGUCUCUGCCCUUACGGAAGACAGGGCCUGCUGUGUGAUGAUGCCAUCAACAUCACCCGGGCCAGGUUCAGUGGGAAUGAUGAGUUUGGGUACACCUCGUUCAUAGCGUACUCCUCCAUCCCCAGUCUCAGUGUCUACUACGAGUUCCAACUGAAACUAACGUUCGCCGACAGAGCCUCAGCUCUGAAGGACAACCUCAUCCUCUUCUCUGGACAGAAAGGACAGGGCAUUGAUGGAGAUGACUUCCUAGUUCUGGGGGUUCGGAAUGGCAGAAUUGUUCACAAGUUCAACCUUGGAUCUGGUGUGGGAACCAUGGUCAGCGACCGGCUGAGCCGUGAGAUCGAUAUCCACACUGUGAACUUUGGCAGAUCUCGGAGAACAGGAUGGUUAAAGGUGGACGGACAGAGAAACAGGACAGGCUCUUCUCCAGGCCACCUGGCAGGUCUCAACGCGCAAAGCCAAGUCUUUGUAGGAGGAUAUAAUGAAUAUACUCCUGAACUACUGCCCCUCAGAUCAAGGUUUCGCAAUGGCUUUCAAGGUUGCAUUUUUGAUCUGGAGUUUCGGACGAGGAGAGACGGGAAGUUCAUAGCGUUGGGGAAGCCUGAGGGUCAUCCGAACUCUGGCCGUAGCGUGGGUCAGUGCGGGGUCACACCCUGCACCCUGGUGACAUGCAGAAACGGGGGGACCUGUGUGGACUCUGGAUCCUCUGUCUACUGCCAGUGCCCAUUCGGCUGGAAGGGAGCACUCUGCUCUGAGACUGUGUCUGUGUGUGACGCUGAACACCGUCCUCCUCCCUUGUGUGCCCGUGGUUCCACCUGCGUACCCCUUCCAGACGGAUACACCUGCCUCUGCCCCUUGGGCACCGGCGGACUGCACUGUCAGCAAGCCAUGGCCAUCAGUGACCCGUUCUUCAGCGGUAACCAGUCAUCCUGGAUGUCUUUCCCUCCAGUCAGCAUCAGACACAGGACAGACCUCAGGCUGCAGUUCCAGACUCUGUCACCAGAGGGCAUUGUCUUCUACACAGCACAGCACCUCAGUGCCCGGGCCGGAGACUUCUUCUGUGUGUCCCUGACAUCGGGGUUGGUCCAGCUGCGUUACAACCUGGGUUCUGGAACCAACGUGUUACAGUCCACUAACAGAGUGGACACCAGCGGAGGGACCUGGCACACGGUGAGGGCAGGCAGGACAGGCCACCAGGGGUACCUGGUUCUGGACGGGCUGGAGGUGAAGCAGAACGACACCGAGGGAGGGAUGUCCACUCUGGACGUGGCCACGGACCUCUUCGUCGGCGGGGUCUCCGACCUGAGCUCCAUCUCUACGUUCUCCGUGGAGAACGAGCCUGUGGGUUUUACCGGAGGCGUGAGAGAGCUUGUCUUAAACGGACACGACUUUGACCUGACGGCGACAGGGGCCCUGGGAGGGGCCAAUGUGGGCGACUGGGACGGGACUGCGUGUGGGUACAAGGUGUGCCAGAACGGCGGCCGCUGUACUGCGUUGAGCGGCGCCGAUUCGGACUCCUUUAUGUGCACCUGCCCUCCUCGUUGGACGGGUCCUGUGUGUAACCAGUCGGUGUAUUGUGUCAAUAACCUGUGUCAACAUGAAUCAUUGUGUUUCUCUGAUCUUGUGAUUGGCUCAUACGACUGUUUCUGUCCUCUCGGGUGGGAGGGGAGGUACUGCGAUAAGCAGGUCGGCCUAUCCAUGACCACUCUGAAGUUCGUUGGGAAAUCAUAUCUGAAAUACAGGGAUCCUAAAUUCAACACAAGGAAUCUGAGGUACACGCAGGUUUCGUUUAACUUUACAGCCAGCGGGAACGAAGGGUUGAUUCUGUGGAUGGGAAGAGCGGAGCACGAUGACGACGAUUACCUUGCUGUCGGGCUCCAGGCGGGCCACCUCAAAAUCGCAGUCAACCUCGGAGAGAGGCUCUCCCUCCCGCUCACUUUCAGAAACGUCACGUUGUGUUGCAACAAAUGGCAUUAUUUAUCUAUCUCUCUGAACAGUACCAUUAUUCAGGUGUUCCUGGAUGACGAGAGGGUCCUUUUCGAAGACGUGGACCCCUUCGAGCGUUACGUUGCCAUGAAUUACGGGGGUCUGUUGUACUUGGGAGGGUUCGAGUUGCACAGGAACAUCUCAACAGUGACGUCUGGGCUGUUUACCAAAGGAUUUGUGGGAGAUCUUAAAGACGUGCGUUUGUAUCAGGACCCCAGACAACUGCAGUUCCUCCAAAACAGCGAAGGAUUUAAUGUUCACAAAAGUAAUGAGUAGUUCUGUAACUUGUGAAAAUAGGUGAUUAAUGUGUUGUGAUAAAGAAGUUUCUAGAAUGUAAUAAUUUAGUUCUUUAUACACUAUUUGUAUGGCAAGCCAAGUUGUAUUCAUUAUGCACCAAAUGGAAGAAAACAAACAGGGAGGACAACUUCCUGGAAUUGUUCAUAAGCGUUAGUGUUGUUUUUUAAAAUCCAUUGUGUGCCCUGAUGAACACAACUCUGUUGAAACUGCCAACUCCUCAGUAGAUGGUUUAUACCCGAAGUAUUAAGAACACCUUCCUAAUAUUGAGUUGCUCCCCUCCCUUUUCCCCUCAGAACAGCCUCAGUUUGUCGGGUCAUGGACUCUACAAGGUGUCAAAAGCGUUCCACAAGGCUACUGGCCCAUGUUGACUCCAAUGAUUCCCACAGUUGUGUCAAGUGGCUGGAUGUCCUUUGGCUGGUGGACCAUUUGAUUACACACAGGAAACUGUUGAGUAUGAACAACCCAGCAACGUUGCAGUUCUUGACACACGACUGGUGUGCCUGGCACCUACUACGCCAUUCAAAGGCACAAAUCUUUAGUCUUGUCCGUUCACCCUCUGAAUGGCACACACACAAUCCAUGUCUCACCUGUCUACUACACUGAUUGAAGAGAAACUCAAUAAAGGAUCAUAGCUUCCACCUGGUCAGUCUGUCAUGGAAAGAGCAGGUGUUCUUCAUGUUUUAUAUACUCAGUGUAAGUCUGAUUAGAAUAUACAUUCCUCUCCUAAAAAAGGACAUCUUUCUUCUCAACAAUAAAAAGAUCACCUUUAUUACCAGCUGUACAUGAACACGGUGCAGAAGGCACACUUGAUUUUCGAAUGUACAUGACAAGCCAAAAUGUACAGACACAAUAUUUGUCGAUAGAAAAAAAAACAAUUUCUGUAUAGCAAUUUAAAAAAAUAAAAUGGAAAAAAACAGAAUAAGAGAAGCUGCUUUAAUUCAAAUGUUUUCUUGUUUUCUGCUAAUCAAAAUAGUUAGUUUCUCUCGCCUCUGUAUUAAAUUCAUGUCAAACUGCUGAAGUCGCCAGAACUUCCCUUCCAUCUCUACUCCAACAGUCCAUCUGGGUAUGCCUGUUAUU